AUGACAACUGAUCCUGAUAUGCUGGAAAAAUGUGCACAGAUCGUUGCCAAUGCACAACGUAUAGUUUGCUUUACUGGUGCAGGUAUGUCGGCAGAAUCAGGUAUUGAAACUUUUCGUGGUGGGAGUGGCUUAUGGAAUGGUGCUCUGGGUUAUAUUGUAUUGGGAUGGUUUGGUACACCAUUUGGUUGGAAAUGGACUCCUGGCUUUGCUUGGAGUCAAUAUAUUAACAGAUUUUAUAAUCCAAUACGUGAUGCACAACCAAAUGAAGGUCAUAGAGCCCUUGUGCGUUUACAAAAAAUAUAUCCUGAUAUGUCUAUCAUCACACAAAAUGUAGAUGGUUUACAUCAGAGAGCCGGCUCUAAUUCUGAUCGGGUGUUUGAGGUACACGGAACUGUUCAACGUAGUCGAUGUGUUACCAACGGCCAUAUUUAUGAUUUUGAGGGAGAAACUAAUCUCCCAAGGACGUCUCCUACGUGUCGUGUGCAAGGAUGUCGUUCUACUUUACGUCCUGAUUGUGUAUUAUUUACAGAAAGCUUGCCACGAGAUCAAUGGAUGGGUGCAGAGAUAGCUACACAAGAACUAGGACACGACGAUGUGAUGAUCAUUGUUGGUACUUCUGCUCAAGUGUACCCUGCUGCUGGAUUACCGGAAUCGGCUUCACGAAGAGGUGCCACGUUGAUCGAUGUGAACUUAGAAAGAACAAAUUACUCUAAUUUGAAAAAUUAUCAAUAUUUAGGUGGCACUGCUGCAACAAGUUUACCAGCGCUGGUUGAGAGAGUAGAACAACUCAAAAAAAAAUAA